AUGCGGCGGUGCCGGGGUGCAGGGCUGGCGGGGCUGGCCGCGGUGCUCCUGGUGGCAGUGGGCAGAGCCCAGGUGCAGCAGGAGCCGUCGGCAGAGACCACCGAGGGCACCGGCAUCAGCAUCAGCUGCUCACACCCCAACAUACAGACCAGAGACUUCAUCCUCUGGUACCGUCAGCUCCCGGGCCGAGGCCCCGCAUUCCUCGUGAGCGGCACUAAAGGGUCCAAAGAGCUGCGGGACCCUGCGGGGCGGCUGUCGGUGGCGGCAGACCGCCGGUCCAGCGCCCUGUGGCUCGCCCGGCCCCGGCGCGGGGACGCGGCGGUGUAUUACUGCGCCCUGGGAGACACGGGGAGAGGAGCCGGGGCUGCGGCCGGGCAGGAACCGCGGCGGGCGGGGCCGGGCGUGUGUGUCGGGGGCGGGGGGACAGCCCCGGGCGGGCCCGCCAGGGGGCGCUGCCGCUCCGCCCGCCUCGCCCCGCCCGGCCCCGCCCGGCCCCGCCCAGCCCCGCCCGGCGCUGAGCCCCGGGGCUGUUCCCGCAUCGACCGGCACCGCCACCGCCACCGCCACCGGCUUCAGCAUCAACCGUGGCAGCGGCAUCACCAGGUCCCCCUUGGGGUCAAUGCCUGGGCUCAGCCCCUCUUCUCAUUCAUGGCUGCUGUGGAUCUGUGCUCCUGA